AUGUUGGUAUCAUCGAAGAUUUGGAGAGCGUUCAACCAAGUGUACCAUUCCCUGCACAUACCAGCAGGAACAGGGAAACGAGGCCGAUCGACCUUAGAUGCGGCAGAAGUAGUCGAUCCAUCAACGAGCCGCUUAAUUGUUACCCAUAAGGACACUAAGGUAGAAUUUUUAAUUGAUACCGGCGCCGUCAUUAGCGUUUAUCUGCGUAAACUAGUGAAAGGCCAACCUCCUAAAAGCGCGUACCCUUUAUAUGCCGCGAACGAUUCUGCCAUCUCUACGUAUGGAGACAUCGUUUUAAACCUAGAUUUAGGAUUGCGGCGCACAAUUAAGUGGAAAUUUAUAAUCGUGGAUAUCUCAAAACCGAUAACUGGUGCAGAUAUGCUUAGGUAUUACAGCUUGUUGGUAGAUUUAAAGAAUAAACAAUUUAUCGACAAUAUAACUAAAUUAACUUCACGAGGAAAACUGGGGAUUGCCGAUUUAAAUUCCGUUAGAACAAUUGUCGGUGACUCUCCAUACCAUAAAAUCCUUGCAGAAUUCCUCGAAAUUACUAUUCCGACGCGCACGAAUAUUGCCGCGAAACACAACAUUACACAUCACAUCAAAACCACUAAAGGACCAUCAGUAUUUGCAAAACCACGUAGAUUAGCACCGGACAAAUUAAAAAUAGUUAAACAAGAAUUUGAAAACCUUUUGGCAGAAGGUAUUAUUAAACCUUCAAAAAGCCCGUGA